UCAGAAGACUGGGCCGAAUGAUGACAUUGAAAACAUAUCUCCAACAAAAUGGCGGGUCCAGUUAUGGACGCGGCCUGUGUUACUUACGAAGGAGUUUCACACGAGAUAGAGACGUUUCCUCGCACUGAAGAAGAUGUCUGGAUACUAGGAAAACGGUACAACAUUCUACAAGGUGACAUGGGUUAUCUCAACACAGAUGUUAGAUCAAGGAUAUGGUUGACAUACAGGAAAAACUUCCCUAAAAUAGGUGGUACGGGUCCUACAACUGAUUCUGGAUGGGGAUGUAUGCUGCGAUGUGGACAGAUGAUGCUUGCACAAGCACUGGUUUGCAGGCAUCUAGGGCGAGAUUGGCAAUGGGACCCAGAAAAUAAUACCACCCCAGAGUAUAUGCAGAUCUUAGAGGCAUUUUUAGACAAAAAGGACAGUUUAUAUUCUAUACACCAAAUAGCCCAAAUGGGUGUGUCCGAGGGCAAGGCUGUAGGUAGCUGGUUUGGACCAAACACUGUUGCACAAGUCCUCAAGAAGCUGUCAGCAUUUGACGACUGGAGCUCUUUAUGUUUACAUGUUGCAAUGGAUAACACUGUUAUAAUUGAAGACAUAAAGAAACUCUGUAGGGUUGGAAUGCCAAAGAGGACGUGUGGAGAAACAUCAUGCUACAAUUGUACCACAUCAUCUUCUGCUGAGGCUGAACCCUCCCUUAGGCACCGGUCCCAUCACAAAGAGUAUUCCGCUACCUCUCCAAAACGCCAUAAACACUCUGAUAGGCGACGCCCGUGUAACCCUAGCUGGAGACCGCUGGUGCUAUUUAUCCCUCUGCGAUUAGGACUAACAGAAAUGAAUGUUGUAUAUAAUGAGCCCCUUAAGGCGUGUUUUACAUUUAAACAGUCACUUGGAAUAAUAGGAGGAAGGCCAAACCAUGCUACAUACUUUAUAGGAUAUUUUGGAAACAAUUUAGUUUAUUUGGACCCUCAUACUACACAGCAAACUGUAAAUCCAGAUGAAUUAAGUAGAAUACCUGAUGGGUCAUUUCACUGUGUGUACCCAUGCAGGAUGAACAUAGCUGAUGUGGAUCCAUCAGUUGCAUUGGGCUUCUUUUGUAAAAGUGAAGAGGACUUUGAUGAUUUAUGCCAGCAGAUCCAAAAGGUACAUGAAGAGAAGAUUAUUGAUGGCAAAUCAAGGCCCAUGUUUGAGAUAGCCAAAGACAGACCUCAACACUGGCCAGUCCUAGAAAUACCCACCCGACCCUGCGACGAGUUGAAUAGCAGCUGUCAAUCAGACUUCACCGAGCUUACCUACGAGGAUGAAGACAGGGCGUAUGAUACGGACGGCGAGUACGAGAUCCUGUGAUGCUCCCUAAUGACCACGUGAUUGAUGAUCACGUGACUACACAGCCACAGACCCGCAAGGGGGCAGGACGCUGCCACGUCGGGGGGGGGGGGGGGGUGGUCCUCCUACUACCAUCCCACCCCCUUCCAGUCCCUUUUGCUCUUAUAUCUGCAGUUUCAGUUAGCCUUGUCAUAUAGACUCACUUUUUUAGUCACUGUAACUUGAUGUUAUGAUAAAAUUACUGCGCAACAAGUAUUAUUGAUAAACUACGUGGUAAAUGAAACUGGUUUUUAUGAUUUUUCGCUAAAGCGCACGGGAAAAUACUUUUCACUUUCCAUUGACAAAAUUUAUGUUUUCAUAUUUUUUCUUGUUGUUUCAAAAAGUUUUAUCAAUUGUUUUAAUUUCCUUACGCUUCAGUUUUACUCACAAUUUAUUGUAUAUAAAGUACUACUAUCCAAAUCAGGGAGGGAUAUGUUUUAAUUAUUGAUAGAUUCGAAUAAAGUACGGGUACGCAAAAAAUGCAAUUAUUACAAUAAAAUUAAUCUUCUUUCUGUA